CGACGCGCAUCAACGGGCCAACUCGUCUUUUUUCGACGUGCGACACUUCUAGAGUCGAAUCCGAUGCGCUGCGCCAGCAGUCUGCUCAUAAUCACAAUGUAGAUUGCGCCAGCGUCCACCUGCAGGACUUGUCCGGAUCCGGUGGUGGGAACGGACCCAAGGCUAAGUUGACGCGCGGAGAAUCAAUUUUACCGUUUUCGUCAAGAGACCAAGACAGUCGUUUUUUGGAGAAUAGUUCCCAACUACUUCAAAAUCAGCUGGAUAAUGACCAGCAGGUUUUCCAGUCUCCCGCAAGUUGCCUUGACGUUGGCGGAGCGCAAUUGCAGCGAACAAUAUCCAUCGGCAAAGGUUCAGCUUGUCACAAUGUGACCUCAUCCUCAGCAAAUGCAGCGAACAACAUGGACUCCUUCACACAGGGGCCGCAUGAUCCAUCAAGUGCAUUCUUCAAUGGUCAGGGCUGCCCAGGUGGAGGCAAUGCCAAUGCCGCUUCGCGUCACGGCUCACAGGAGGAUAUCCGCAGAAACGCUUACAACCAACAAAGGCAGCACGGAGGCAGCGG